GUAGUAACUUACAUUCGAAAAUGUUUAGUUGAACGCAAUUUCUACAAUACUUUUAGCGUACACUAUCCGAUUGUCUUAAUUUCACACUCCCAUUUUUACAAAUCUUUGUUGAUAGUCUUCAAUAUUUAGUGUUAUAUACAGCUAAUACACAGAACCCAGCGAUAUGUUUGUUGCAUGUCCUCAUAUUGGUCUGCAGUGGGUUGCGCUUUUAUUGGCUUUGAUCAUGAGUUUCACAGUCCUAACAACAUAUCUUAUUUCCAUCCAUAGAGGACAUGUAAAUGCAGAACUGCCAUUUAUCAGCUCUACAGGUGCUUAUCCACCAGAAAGUUGUAUAUUUGGUGAGGGAUUAAACUUAGCUGCUUUUAUCAGUUUGAUAUGCUCCUUUUUCUGGUAUUUAAUCGCAUUGGAGAGAACAAAAUUUAUGGGCAAACAUCAACCAAAAUGUGUUCUUAAAUUUAUGCUUUUAUUGUCUCUAGUUGCUUCAAUUGGUUUAACAUUGGUUGGGAAUUUCCAACAAGUUAACGUUGAAUUAAUACAUGAUAUUGGUGCUGGGAUGGCUUUUUUCGGAACCACGAUUUAUAUCAUUUUGUGUGCUUUAGUUAGCCAGCGAUACCUUGGAACACAUUGGUGUAUAUGGGCUUUUAGACUUCUCUUAGGAAUUAUGGCAGGAAUAACAUCAAGCUUUUUUUCGAUAUGUCAUACAAUUUCCAGGAUAAAUUUUAACGGUACACAAGAGGAAUCUUUGACUUAUCGGCAUCCUGGUCAAGGUGUAAGUGUAUUUCUUCAGUUUUGUGAUGCGGUACUCUAUAUUCAUAUGUAUAAAUUUCUCGGAGAUAUUUGCAAAGUAUAAUGAUCACAAGUUAGGGAGAACCAUAAGUGUUCGUUUUCUUGAAAUGGUUCGUUCCCGAUUUAUCGAUCAUUUUGAUUUAGUUCUUAUCACACUUUAAACUUAAUCCAAGUGAAGCAAGAUCUAUUGUAUUAACAUACACAUUCUAUUUCCGGUUGAAUUUUCAAAGUUUCUGCAAGAAAUCAUGGCACUGUCAUGAGAUGAAUAAAGCCACCUAAAGACCCAUUAGCUUGUCUAUAUUAGGUUGUGAUGAAUAAAAUGUAAUAUUAGUUUAUGACUGUAUGUUUAAUUACCUAGCUCUAAUAAUGCUUAAAUUUCUAAGUUUUACUUAAAUAUUUAUAUAGUAUUUCGAUGUUUGUAAAACAUGUUGUUUCUUAUCGAAACGUCGCGAGUAGUUUCUGUUAUUUACUUUAAAGAACUUAGUUACGGUUUGUUUGUUUGAUAAUUCAUGUAUGGUUAACUUCAUAUGAACAAAAUAUCUUAGAAUCUAGUGAUUGCUUUUUUAUCUAAAUAUUUAAUCUGGAAUGUGACAAGGUUCAAAUAACCAGAUAAUUAUAUGAAAAUGUGGAACUCAAAUAUUACAUGAGAAUAACGUUUGAUGCCUAAAUGGUUUUACUUUCAGAGAUUUUCAUUUUAUCUAUGCAG